CCCCCCCCCCCUCUCUCUCUCUCUCUCGGUGACUCGGUUCUGUUUCUGCUCUCCAGCUGCAGCGCAGUGAUCGCAGUGAUCGCGGCGUGGGCCGCGGCUUUUCACGGGACGUAGAGGACAGCUCUGAUUUCCGGGGACUUUCCACUCUAAGGUGACGUUUCUUCUCCAGAACCGGAUCGCCCGCUUCCUGUUUGGCUUCUGGACCGGAGCGGGACGAAGAGAGCCGAGCCGAGCCGCGCGCGCGCUGCCAGGUCCGGACGGGACCGGACGGGACCCGACGGGAUCGUGGGUCCAGCUGCGUGUUUCCUGUUGAUCCGCGCAGGGAAGAGACGCGAACAGGACCGGGUGGAGGAGUUAGAGCCGCCGGUCCGAACCGAGCCGAACCCGGGCUGUGAAGGCUGAGCCGGUCCUGAAGACGGCCAGUGGAGAUGGUUCCGACCCGCUGUCCGCGCUCCUGCUGCGGCUGGCGGCCGCUCUCAUCAACAUCUGCAGCGAUGUAGUCAGCCUCUUCAUCUGCGUCCUCCUCAUCCUCAGCGACCCGACCCACCUGAAGAUGAUCCUGCUGCGCCGGUUCCGAGUCCUCAUCCUCACCGUCUUCCUGGUGGCCUGCUCCAUGCACAUUAUGGUGGACCUGCUGCCCAAGCUGGAGCGCCAGGGCGCCGGCUGCUCCUGCUCGCACGGCCCGGCCCAGGCUCCGGAGCGCGGCUGGGCCGAACCGGGCUGGCCCGACAAGCACACGCUGCGGAUCCUGCAGGACUUCAGCAGCGAGCCCGGAUCCAACGCGUCCUCCCGAGCCCUGGACCGGCUCCCUUUGGACGGGGCGCCGGCCCCGGAGCCGCCGGGCCCGCGGGGCGACAGGAGCAGACUCUUCCUCCAGGGGCCGGCGGCGGCCCGGCUCGGUCCGGCCCGGGGUUCGAGGCUGGCGCUCCUGUUCCAGCAUCCCCUCUAUAGACGAUCUGUGCCGCCGCUGACGGAGGAAGACACGCUGUUCAACGUCAACACGGACAUCAGGUUCGACCCCAAAGCGGCGGAGGACCAGGCAUGGACCGGCGAGGGCGCCGACGACGAGCUGAGCCCGGCGGGCGAGCUGACGGCCGAGUCGUACCCCAACUGGCUGCGCUUCCACAUCGGGAUCAACCGCUACGAGCUUUACGGCCGGCACAGCCCGGUGGUGGAGGCGCUGCUCAGGGACCUGCUGACCCAGAGGAUCACCAGCGUGGCCAUGAAGUCUGGAGGAACGCAGCUGAAGCUCAUCAUGACCUUCCACAACUACGGCCAGGCGCUCUUCAAGCCCAUGAAACAGACCCGGGAGCAGGAAACCCCGCCUGACUUCUUCUACUUCUCUGACUUUGAGAGACACAACGCAGAGAUCGCAGCCUUUCACCUGGACAAGAUCCUGGACUUCCGCCGAGUCCCUCCAGUCGCCGGCCGGCUGCUCAACAUGACCAAAGAGAUCCGAGACGUAACCAGAGACAAGAAGCUGUGGAGAACAUUCUUCAUUUCCCCAGCCAACAACGUGUGUUUCUACGGCGAAUGCUCCUACUACUGCUCCACUGAACACGCUCUGUGUGGGAAACCGGACCGGAUCGAGGGAUCGCUGGCCGCCUUCCUGCCCGACCUCGCUCUGGCCAAGCGCAAGACCUGGAGGAACCCCUGGAGGCGCUCCUACCACAAGCGCAAGAAGGCAGAGUGGGAGGUGGACCCGGAUUACUGCGAGGAGGUGAAGCAGACGCCGCCGUACGACAGCGGCUCGCGGCUGCUGGACGUCAUGGACAUGACGGUCUUUGACUUCCUGAUGGGAAACAUGGACCGGCACCACUACGAGACGUUUGAGAAGUUCGGAAACGAGACUUUCAUCAUCCACCUGGACAACGGCAGAGGCUUUGGGAAACAUUCUCAUGAUGAGAUGUCCAUCCUGGUUCCUCUGCUGCAGUGCUGCAGGGUCAGGAAGUCCACCCACCUGCGUCUGCAGCUGCUGGCGAAGGAGGAGUACAAGCUGUCGGUUCUGAUGGCCGAGUCCAUGACGCGGGACCGGCUGGACCCGAUUCUCAUCCAGCCUCACCUGGACGCCAUGGACCGCCGCCUGCGCCUGGUCCUGAAGGCGCUGUCUGACUGCAUCGACAAGGAGGGCUACGGCUACGUGGUGGAGGACGACCUGCAGGGGUCGCCGGGGGCCCGCAGCGGCCCCAGGACGAGGUAGCCAGGGGCUGGGUCCGACCCGCUCCCAGGAGAACCGACUGGACCGCGAUCUGAAGCCCAAACCGAGCCAGAACCACCGGGUUUCACCUGGACUCCUUCAAAUCAACAUGUAGCUUAGAACCAACCGGGUCAGAAACGGGUCGUAGGUUAGAACCGGGUCAAACCCAGAACAUGGGCUCUGGUUACGGAGUCUGGUUCCAUUCAGAGAAUUCUGAGGGAAUCAAACUUCCAAACUCACUUCCUUAGUGUGAGCUGCAGACUUUUACCACAGAAGAAGAACUGGAUCAAAAUGAGGUUAUUUUGUAAACUGUUUUUUUAACCUGAUUUCUGCUGAUUCUGCCGUGUCAGCGUCUUAUUGGAGGGUUCUGGUGGGAGUACUGGUUUACUCCUGGAUCAUCUUCUCUGUAAGUUUUUACUUGACAGCGUAUUUAUUAAAGUUUAUAUUUAUUGUUUGCCAAAAUAAAUCAGAGGAAGAGGAAGCGAAACGAUUUCCACCAGAACAGUGUACUUCUCUGUGUGCCCACCAGGGGGCAGCAUGUGCAGCAAUCCAAGCUGUUAGUUUCUCAUGGUUCUCUCUCCUCUCUUAACACUGAGUCUGUUUCCAGCAGCUGUUCAGGCCUCUUCCUGUGCAGCAGGUGAGAUUUAAACCAAAUGUGACACUAAUUCCUCUGGUUGUUUUGGUUUUAAUGUGUUUGGUGUCUGAUGUGGGAGAUGAUUCUCCUUCCUGAGCAGCAGCUGAUCUGUUGUCUCUACUCGCCUCUGGCUGACGUUCAUAUAUUCAGUAGGAAACUCUAGUGCCUGUGCAAUGAUAGAAAUACUUGAAUGUGUGGUUUUGCUAGCUGCGGGUUCUUUGUGUGUCUGGUUCUGCGGCCGCUCGGCGUCGGCCUCAGCAGCGUGUGACUGAAUUCAUGCAAAACGUGAAAAAGCUUCUUUUGAUUUUCUUUCACUCUUUGUUUUUUAUUUCAUUUCUUAUUUCUUUGCAUCAUGGUAUCAGUGCAAUAAAAUGAAAUCAGCUAAA